UCUGAUAAAGUUGUUUGUAAGGUUUUAAAUUACUUAUACACACUGUCUUCCCACCUGCCCCCACCUAAACGCUUUAAGAAAGAACAGGAGGCGUGAGCAUACACCGAGCAAAUGUCAAGGCGAAGUGUAUUUAACCCAGAACCAGAUGCACGAGUGGUAACUGCGAGUUUGUCUAAGAACACACAGAUCACCCUUCAGAUAAAUAAGUAAAUGCAACCUGCACGGAUAGAGUUUGUUACAAGACCGGUCAGAACUUGCGUUAACUUCUAAGUUACCGCGGUUGUGUUGGAAAUGGGGCGGAGGGAGGAGUUGUCUUAACCCUAGGCUUGGCGGCUGGUUUCAGAGAUGGAGCCAAUAUCUAGGCGACUCCUCGUCUCCAGGCUUCUCCCCUAUCAGAAAACAAAGCGGGAGUCGUCCGAGAUAGGGGGCUAGGGCCUCAAGUCUUGCUCCAGGGCUGCCCGAGACCCAGAAGAAUGCCGCAGCUCUAGCAAGAGAGGUUGCCAGGAGCCUGGCCUGUACGCCUCCCCGACAGUAGAGGACAGGACACGGGACAGGGCUGCGCCGAGGCAGCUCACGGAGCUGGGCUGCGAACCGAUCUCGCUCGCCUAGCGUCGCGCGCGCUCCUAUUUCAAGUCGCCGCUCCUGCGCCCUAAUGCGGGCUGCGAACCGCCGCGGCAGAGCGUCGCGAGCCGGGAGCCUCCGCCGCCGAGGCUGGGGGUGGGAGAGCUUCCUUGUUCGCCAAGCGGGUUACCCCAACUUCGACUCAGGCCUGCUUUUCCCCAUGGCGUGGCACAGGACUUACUGGGGUUCUCAGGGAACUUUUCCCGCCGCCAGUUCCGGGGCAUGGUGUGUGCAAAACGUGCAUUCAAGCGCUAUGUGCAGUUGACACAAACUUGUGGGCUAAAGUGCAAGCCAUUUUUUUCGCGUUUGAAUCUUUUUCUCUGUCCCUGCCUCCUUUCUUCCCCCUACUCCCCCCUCCUCCUUCUCUGCUCUCCGCCCUUUUAAAUGUCAAACUGAGCAGAUGGUUUUAAGGUGUGGAAAGGUAUAUAGCCCUUACUCCUACCAGUUUAUUUGUGGGCUGGCGCUAACUUACAUGUACAAACCAAGAUUCUUAAAGAAAACUAGUAGGACGAAAAAUAAGAAAGGAAGUAGCUUUGAUCCAUUCUCAGAUCCCAAGUUUCCCCGCUCAAUACACCCGCUUACCUCGAAGGGACCCAACCAAUAGAAGCAUUAUUCUAUCCUGUAUCUAAUGGGCAUGCUGAUUAUUUCUGCUCCCAGCCUAAACUGUCACAUCCCGGUUAGAACACCUGAUACAACAGUCAAUAGUUGGAGGUGUGAGUGGUGCGUGUGCGCUCCUGUGUGUUGUUUCCGUGAUAGACGCGUGGGGGGAGUGUGUGGGGGCGGCAAAAGGGGAAAGAAGAAGGCUGGGGAUGCUCCCGCAAUCUCUUUUCUUAUCGCCGACACCUAACCUGACCGACCUAAUUUUUUUUCUCCUUGGCACUGUUUGAAAUUCGUGCCAAAAGUUUCCUGCCGGGAUAGACUCGGACAUACUAACAUCGCUAUUCUUAUUCAAAGGGAGGGCUUAAUAUCCUCUUUACGGUUUGGUGAUUUGAGGCUGAAAUUGUAAAUUCCCUAGAAAGGAGUGUGUGUGUGUGUGUGUAUGUGUGUCGCAGAAGACAUUGGUAGUGUUUGGCCAGUGUACUUGUAACACACCUCAUAAAUACCCUGUUGUCACGACACAGCAUGAUUCAACCUUUGAUCUGAUUAAAUUUGAGGGACACACGAAAACUGUCCUCCUCCUACUUACAAAAAUGAGUGUCUAAUAGACUAUGUAUGAAUGUUUCUGCUUCGCAGCUCUUGCAAGUCCCAGCUUUUAUAGGAUCUUUAGGUCAUAAACGCGGCUGCUUUAUUAAAAGCCGUUUACUGUGCCCGGUGAAAGGGACGUUCUAGCUGCGGCUGAGGCUCGCUUGCAUUUGUAACUUGCAAAGCCCAAGAAGAUCUUUAAGAGCCACAUUAUCUAAAGAAAUUUUGCUGGUUAUUUUUCAAGCAAGAAAUGUCAAACCAAAGUAAAUUUUCUAGGGCUUUAUGUUAGAGCCUGCGAUUUAAGCGUUUGAAAUUUCUUGCCUAAUAAACUUUAAAGUUUGUUCCCCAGGCGUCAAAACUGUGUAAAUUCUGUAUUGAACAGCUUUCUUUGGUCUUUCUGGGGCGAGUGAAUUAGUGAAGGGUAAUCGCCAGAUGUUUGCCACAUAUAUAUUUUUAAAGGCUGCUUUACCUACUAUCCAAAUAAUGUCGGAGGUAAUCAAGGGUAAAUAUUCCUCUUCCUAAUAAUUUGGACUGGAGAUUAACUGGGACUCAGCCAAUGUUGAUCUUCGUCUAAUAACAGAUGCAGCGGACCCGAUGUGAAACCUCUGGCACCUAUUAUUUUAAUACCAAACCUACCUGUAUUUUAUUGUCCACCUCCCCUUUAAAAGGAACCAAGGGUGACACGUAUCCUUGACACUACCUAUGAUCGUUUAAAAAGUGGAAUGAUUUGCAGAUCCCCCCUCCCUCCUCCUAUGCCACCCCCACCCCUAAAACCCCCACUUUUUCUCCCGUAUACUUUUCCGUGCCUUCCUCCACCCAAGUCGGAGGAGCGCUCACUCGCUCGGCCACUCGGCGAACUCGAUCAGCUGUAUCUGGGAAAGGAAAAAAGAAAAAGAAAAAAAAAAAAGGACCUGCGUCCUGGAACAGCUAGCGUGAGCCGGGCGCCGCUCGCGCCGUCUCCCGCUUUGCAUAGUGCCCGCAGAUGGCUCGCUCCGGCCCAGGCGCGGCGAUCCAGUCGUCCCGAAGCAGUGGCAGGGUGGGGGUGGGGGUGGGGGCCGGGGAUGGAGGCCGGGGAGGGGGAGAGCAGGGCCCCUCUCCCCUCCUCUCUUCCCAGCCCCUCACCCCCACCCCUUUUAUAUUUUUUUUUCCUCCCAAGUUCUCUUGCCUUGCUAUCCCCCCUUGAAUCCGAAGGCGCCUCGCGAUUGGGUGCUGGGGCCGGGUACGUCAGAUAGACUGUGACGUGCAGUCUUCCUGUUUCCUUCAGCUGUGUCUUAAAGUAAAUCUUGUUGUGGAGCGGAGCCCUCAGCUGAGGGAGCGCUCUGAAAUAAUACACCAUUGCAGCCGGGGAAAGCAGAGCGGCGCAAAAGAGCUCUCGCCGGGUCCGCCUGCUCCCUCUCCGCUUCGCUCCUCUUCUCUUCUUUACCCUUCUCCUCUCUUCUCCUCUGCUGCUCUCUCCUCUCCUCCGCUCUUCUCUCUCCUCCUCUCCUGCUCUCUCCUCUUCCCUUCGCUCCCCUUCUUUUCUUCUCCUCUUCUUCCCUCUCCUCGCCUCUCCCCUGCUCCUCUUCUCUCGUCUCCCCUCCCCGCCCGCCUCUCUCUCCCCUCUCCCUCUCCCACUCGCCCCGCUCGCUCGCUCGCUGUCGCACAGACUCACCGUCCCUUGUCCAAUUAUCAUAUUCAUCACUCGCAAGAUAUCACCGUGUGUGCGCGCGCGUGUUUUCCUCUCUCUGCCGGGGGAAAAAAAGAGAGAGAGAGAGAGAUAGAGAGAGAGAGAGAGGCUCGGUCCCACUGCUCCCUGCACCGCGGUCCCGGGAUUCUUGAGCUGUGCCCAGCUGACGAGCUUUUGAAGAUGGCACAAUAACCGUCCAGUGAUGCCUGACCAUGACAGCACAGCCCUCUUAAGCCGGCAAACCAAGAGGAGAAGAGUUGACAUUGGAGUGAAAAGGACGGUAGGGACAGCAUCUGCAUUUUUUGCUAAGGCAAGAGCAACGUUUUUUAGUGCCAUGAAUCCCCAAGGUUCUGAGCAGGAUGUUGAGUAUUCAGUGGUGCAGCAUGCAGAUGGGGAAAAGUCAAAUGUACUCCGCAAGCUGCUGAAGAGGGCGAACUCGUAUGAAGAUGCCAUGAUGCCUUUUCCAGGAGCAACCAUAAUUUCCCAGCUGUUGAAAAAUAACAUGAACAAAAAUGGUGGCACGGAGCCCAGUUUCCAAGCCAGCGGUCUCUCUAGUACAGGCUCCGAAGUACAUCAGGAGGAUAUAUGCAGCAACUCUUCAAGAGACAGCCCCCCAGAGUGUCUUUCCCCUUUUGGCAGGCCUACUAUGAGCCAGUUUGAUAUGGAUCGCUUAUGUGAUGAGCACCUGAGAGCAAAGCGCGCCCGGGUUGAGAAUAUAAUUCGGGGUAUGAGCCAUUCCCCCAGUGUGGCAUUAAGGGGCAAUGAAAAUGAAAGAGAGAUGGCCCCGCAGUCUGUGAGUCCCCGAGAAAGUUACAGAGAAAACAAACGCAAGCAAAAGCUUCCCCAGCAGCAGCAACAGAGUUUCCAGCAGCUGGUUUCAGCCCGAAAAGAACAGAAGCGAGAGGAGCGCCGACAGCUGAAACAGCAGCUGGAGGACAUGCAGAAACAGCUGCGCCAGCUGCAGGAAAAGUUCUACCAAAUCUAUGACAGCACUGAUUCGGAAAAUGAUGAAGAUGGUAACCUGUCUGAAGACAGCAUGCGCUCGGAGAUCCUGGAUGCCAGGGCCCAGGACUCUGUCGGAAGGUCAGAUAAUGAGAUGUGCGAGCUAGACCCAGGACAGUUUAUUGACCGAGCUCGAGCCCUAAUCAGAGAGCAGGAAAUGGCUGAAAACAAGCCGAAGCGAGAAGGCAACAACAAAGAAAGAGACCAUGGGCCAAACUCCUUACAACCGGAAGGCAAACAUUUGGCUGAGACCUUGAAACAAGAACUGAACACUGCCAUGUCGCAAGUUGUGGACACUGUGGUCAAAGUCUUUUCGGCCAAGCCCUCCCGCCAGGUUCCUCAGGUCUUCCCACCUCUCCAGAUCCCCCAGGCCAGAUUUGCAGUCAAUGGGGAAAACCACAAUUUCCACACCGCCAACCAGCGCCUGCAGUGCUUUGGCGACGUCAUCAUUCCGAAUCCCCUGGACACCUUUGGCAAUGUGCAGAUGGCCAGUUCCACUGACCAGACAGAAGCACUGCCCCUGGUCGUCCGCAAAAACUCCUCUGACCAGUCUGCCUCCGGCCCUGCCGCUGGCGGCCACCACCAGCCCCUGCACCAGUCGCCUCUCUCUGCCACCACAGGCUUCACCACGUCCACCUUCCGCCACCCCUUCCCCCUUCCCUUGAUGGCCUAUCCAUUUCAGAGCCCAUUAGGUGCUCCCUCCGGCUCCUUCUCUGGAAAAGACAGAGCCUCUCCUGAAUCCUUAGACUUAACUAGGGAUACCACGAGUCUGAGGACCAAGAUGUCAUCUCACCACCUGAGCCACCACCCUUGUUCACCAGCACACCCGCCCAGCACCGCCGAAGGGCUCUCCUUGUCGCUCAUAAAGUCCGAGUGCGGCGAUCUUCAAGAUAUGUCUGAAAUCUCACCUUAUUCGGGAAGUGCAAUGCAAGAAGGAUUGUCACCUAAUCACUUGAAAAAAGCAAAGCUCAUGUUUUUUUAUACCCGUUAUCCCAGCUCCAAUAUGCUGAAGACCUACUUCUCCGAUGUAAAGUUCAACAGAUGCAUUACCUCUCAGCUCAUCAAGUGGUUUAGCAAUUUCCGUGAGUUUUACUACAUUCAGAUGGAGAAGUACGCGCGUCAAGCCAUCAACGAUGGGGUCACCAGUACUGAAGAGCUGUCUAUAACCAGAGACUGUGAGCUGUACAGGGCUCUGAACAUGCACUACAAUAAAGCAAAUGACUUUGAGCAGGUUCCAGAGAGAUUCCUGGAAGUUGCUCAGAUCACAUUACGGGAGUUUUUCAAUGCCAUUAUCGCAGGCAAAGAUGUUGAUCCUUCCUGGAAGAAGGCCAUAUACAAGGUCAUCUGCAAGCUGGAUAGUGAAGUCCCUGAGAUUUUCAAAUCCCCGAACUGCCUACAAGAGCUGCUUCAUGAGUAGAAAUUUCAACAACUCUUUCUGAAUGUAUGAAGAGUAGCAGUCCCCUUUGGAUGUCCAAGUUAUAUGUGUCUAGAUAUUGAUUUCAUAUAUAUGUGUAUGGGAGGCAUGGAUAUGUUAUGAAAUCAGCUGGUAAUUCCUCCUCAUCACCUUUCUCUCAUUUUCUUUUGUUUUCCAUUGCAAGGGGAUGGUUGUUUUCUUUCUGCCUUUAGUUUACUUUUGCCCAAGGCCCUUAACAUUUGGACACUUAAAAUAGGGUUAAUUUUCAGGGAAAAAGAAUGUUGGCGUGUGUAAAGUCUCUAUUAGCAAUGAAGGGAAUUUGUUAAUGAUGCAUCCACUUGAUUGAUGACUUAUUGCAAAUGGCGGUUGGCCGAGGAAAACCCAUGACACAGCACAACUCUACAGUGAUGUGUCUCUUGUUUUUACUGCUAAGAAGGUCUGAAAAUUUCAUGAAACCACUUCAUACAUGUAAGUAUUUUGUUUGGUUUGAACUCAAUCAGUAGCUUUUCCUUACAUGUUUAAAAAUAAUUCCAAUGACAGAUGAGCAGCUCACUUUUCCAAAGUACCCCAAAAGGCCAAAUUAAAAAAGAAAAAUAAUCACUCUCAAGCCUUGUCUAAGAGAAGAGGUAAACUCUGAAAGUAGUACCAGUUUCUUCUGGAGGCAAAGCAAUUUUGCACAAAACCAGCUCUCUCAAGAUGAGACUAGAAAUUCAUACCUGGUCUUCUAGCCACCUCUCUAAACUUGACAAUAGGUUCUUCUUUGUAAGUGAGCUUACAUCAUUCUUCAUAAAGAAAAAUCCUGUAACUUGUUAUCAUUUUUGCUUCAGAUACUAAAAGGCACUAAGUUUCCAAUUUACACUGCUCAACUUUCUUUAUAUGCUUAAAAGGAUUCUGUUUACUUAACAAUUUUUUCCCCUAAAAUACUAUUUUCUGAAUACUCUCUUCCAGUAAGGAAUAAAGGAAAGCCCAACUUGGCCAUAAAAUUCUUGCCUACACUAGAAGUUUGUUGACAGCUGUUAGCUGACUUGAUCGUCACCUCCUAAGAGGAACACAUAUAUUUUCACAUGCAAUUCCACACUAUCCUGAUGGGUAUGCAAAGUGGUGACAGUCUAACUCAGUGUUUCUUCAUUUUAGGUAUAACAUUUUAAAGCAAUUGAUAAUGCCUCUUCCAAUUCAGAAGCUAGUAUUGACCAAAAUGUGAGAAGAGUGUAUAGCAUAGGAAAAUUUGGGGUUAACCCAAAAGACACAAUUCCAGCACACGUAAAGAAAGCUAGCUGCUAUUUUAUGCUUUCUUCAAUGGUUCUCCUCUUUUUUCCUUUUUAUUUUUCCCUGUUUUUCAAUGAUGUACAUUGUUCCCUACUUGCAUUGAAAAAAAUCGUAUGGCAUUCACACUUUUUUUCUUAGGUGGGUUUUUGUGUGCAGAUGCAGUAAGAAUUCAUUGUUCAUCCUAAAACUGUUUUCCAGACCCCUCCUUCCCCUUAGGUAAUUUGAUAUACACCUCCUAAAAUGACACAGUAACAAAUCUGGUAUUUAGAACAUAUAGAACAUAAAUGCCAUUUUUUAAUUCAAUUUUAAUAAGAAUUACAUUUGACUUUGGAGAAUACAGGUUUUGACCCAUGUGACUGACUAGCUGACCCGAUCGCUGUAAUUUAACGUCAUUUAUAAAUUCUGCUGAUGGACAGGAAUGUAUGAACUCAAUUAUUGUCAGCACAAAGCCUUAAAACCUGCUGACUUUAAAUUAAACGGUGCAGUCCUAUGAUGCCCUGCACCAUCCAGGGGACUAACAGGGCCUCGCAGUGUGGACAGAGGGUGCAGCCACAUGGGCUGGGGCACCAGCCACUUCACUCUGCACCCGCGGCCUCACACAUCUCCCAGCUCACACUCUACUAAUGCACAGCCAUUCGAUCCAAUUUGUUAUUUUUCUCACUUGCUUUAAAAAAAAAAGUUUGGAUAAUCAUGACACUGGAAUAAAGUGGGAAGAAAAAAUUCAAUCAGCACAAAAUAGGGAAGUAAUCCCAACUUGUAGUCACACUUUUUUGACUGGCUUUGUUUAAGAGAGUAUGGCAUUCCUUGUUCGUGUCAGUAUACCACUGGGUUUUUGCUGUUCUGUGUAAUUCAUAUCAACAUUGUGUUGCCAUUUGCAAGGUAAAAGGCAAAGCUGUAGUGUAUUCACCUAUGUAGACAGAUUGCUAGGUAUCUUUUUGAUCUGGGGCGAGUUCAAUAUUGAUUCCAGACUUAUUUGGAUUUUUUUAGUAUUGUUUUCCCCUCCCUUUCUAAUUUAAAUAGACAAAUUACGCAAAAGUGUGUAUUCACAACCAAAUGUUGAUGCCCUUAUCUACUGAUAAUAUACUCUCAAUGUUCACUGAGGCAUAGAAACUAUUUCAGAGUAGAAAUUGCAGCAUGAGGAUAAACUCACCUCUUUGUUCUGGAAAUAGAACUUUAUCACUAUGCUUUCUGGUGGUUUUCCCUUUUACAAUCAAAAUCUUGUGCCUCCCAAGUGCAUUGGAAAAUGACAAAAGCCUGUCUCUCCAAAUUCCUAUUUAACAGUUUGAUUUUUUUUUUUAAUCACCAUCUUUCAAAUCUUAGCUCAACUCUCACCAAGUGAAAAUUGGCUACUUGGGAGAAAGUUAACUUUCUAUGGUGGGAGGGUGAAGGAUGAGGGACAGUUUACAUAGGAAAAGAAAAAAAAGUCUAAAGUCCAUGUUGAAAAACCACACUACCACUUAUUUUCUGCUAACCCUAAAUUAUUUUUGCGUGUACGCUUGAGGUUAUAGUCUGUGCCUAGACCUAAAAUGCACCAGCGGGGGGGAUUUUAAAAAAUCCUUCAAAAUACCAGUUUUUUCCCAACAAGUACAAUUGUUCUUGUGCCUUCUGUGGCUUUCGAUUUCAUCUUUUUGACUUUAUUUCCAAUUACUACAGCUGCAAUAAACACUAGAUUUUUUUUCUGGCUGUUUGACAUAACGUUGAUAGCUAUGCAUAUUUUGUGUCUUUUUAAAACAAAGCGGGAGAAUACGUUUUUGAAGAAGAGAAUUUUUAGAACAGUUUGAUACCGCAAAUUAUUUUUUCCUCAAUUGUUUGAGCAGCAUUCAAGUUUUGAAAAUUCUUGUAGAAGCCAAUUUUUUGUAACUGUGGUGCAAAUCUUGUGUUUUCUUAGCCUAAUGAAAAGUAGUAUAGAAGCAAUAUUUCAUACCAUGUGCUAUAUAUGUGUGUGCAGAUGUGUGAACAUAAAAGCACAUACACACAUAUACACACAUGUAAAAAUAUACAUAUAUAUAUAUAUAUAUGCGUGUGAAGUGGAAAGCUUACCUUUUCCUAUCUAGAUUUAAGAACCUAUUUUAGACAUUUGUUAUGUUUUGUGAAAAGAAUGUUCUAUUUGCAACAAAACAUUUAAUUCUUACUGUAUCUCUGGCUGUUUAAUGAGGACGUUUCACAUUAAAUGGUAAAACACGUGGAAGAUGUUAGAAUGUAGUAAUUAUUUAAGUAAACGUUCACCCACAUAUUCCUGAAGUUUGCUUUGUGCCUCCGAGUAUUAUUUAAUUAAAGUGUUUUAUGUUUGCAGAAUCUUUGUUACUGUACUAGGGAUGUGGGUGAAUAUCAUUUAAAAAAAUUUAAAACAAAAAAAAAAGCAAAACAGAAACACUAAAGCAAGAGGGGAACUUUUAUAAAGCAAUGUAAAUAUUUAACCUCAUGGCUAUCAUUAUGUAAGACAUGAGAUUUUAAUAAAUAACUACAUUCUCACGACAUCUGUUGAAUUUACUAGGAACACUACAGUGACCGUAUAGACAGUUGAAAGCAUUCUUGAAAAUCCUGCUCUCUCCUUUUAAAAGUUAACAAUCUCUUUUAUCAGAUGUCAAGGGCAAGGGUAAUGCAGUUUCUGUAAAUUUAUGAAAUUUCUUUUUCUAUGUACAUGAAGACAUUUAGUAACACCCCCCUUCCCGUGUGCGCAUGUGCGCAUACACACACACACACACACACACACACACACAUACACAUUGUCAUAAAGCUAAUGAUUUGGGGACUUUAAAAAAUAGGAUGUCCUCCAGGAACAAUCAUAAAUUUAUGAAAGAAAGAGUAGUUUACAGACUCCCCUGAAAGAAGCAGUGUAUAUGUGAAGACAGUGCAAAAAUCUCUUUGCCAUGUAUAUUAUAGCGUAUUCAUUGGUGUGAAUAGUACAAAUGUUUCCUUCUGGUACAAACUCUGUGUUUGCAAAUUUACAAGAAGCAUUGUUUUCAAAAAGCUCCCCUUAAAAAAUGUAACUGGUUUAUAUGAGUAAGCAGUUACCGUAUUGCACUUAAAUGUUAUGUUGAAGGAAAUGCAGUUUUGUUUUCUGUAGAUCUGUUGGUUGUAAACCAUCUAUAAAACUAAAGCUAAAAUGCUCAUAUUCAGAGCUGGGAUCAAAACUGGUAUUUAACCUUUGCAUCUUCUUAUAAUUACCCUUCUAAGAAUAUAACAGAAUGUGGAAGUGUCUGGACUUUGAGUCUUUUCAACUGAGCCCUCUCUCAAAUCUGACACCCCCUCAAAAUGCACAAACAUAAGCAGAAAAGGCAAACAAGCUUACCUUCUUUUGUGAAAACGUAUUCAUUCUGUAUUUUUUUAAAUAUUCAAUUCCCCUGAAAAUGGGGAGAAAACAUUUUAAAAUUGUAUAUUACCACUUCAAAUUUAGAACUAAGAAAAAAAUGUAUUUGGGAUUGGUCUCAGCGCUACCUAGAAGAAUCAAAGGUCGUGGCUUCCCUCAAUAUUGUCCCAGCCAUUUCUCAUAUGUAUAUAGUAUAAACCGUGACAAAACACUGCCUUUAUAUUAUUUAGCAAUAUGUUGUAAAUAGCAUUAUUAAGCUCUUUUUUGUAAUAAAGACCCUUUGAUUUGAAUAUAGUACAAUAACUGAACUGAUAAAGUCAAUUUUUGAUUUUUGUUUGUUUUUUUUUAGCUAGAGGCAAUUUCAAUUGUGAAUUUUUGUUGUUGUCUAUUGUUCUGAAGACUUUGCAUAAUUUAUUGGUUUAAUUUAUCCUAAUUUAUUUGAUGAAGGUGUACAAUUUUGUAUUACCAAGGAUGUACUGUAAUAUUAAUUGAUAUGAUAAACACAAUGAGACUCCCUGUCCAUAUUAAAAAGAAAAUAAAAAGGUGCAGUAGACAAUUGAUUUUAAAGGAAAAGUUAAAAAAAUUAGUUUGGCAGCUACUAAAUUUUAAAACAGGAAAAAAAAAAGUUGUUGUGGGGAGGGUGGGAAAGGGGUUUUACUUUGUGUGUUUUAAGCUUUUGUAUACUCUCCAAACUUUUACCUUUUGCUUUGUACCACUUAAAGGAUACAGUAGUCCAAUUGCCUUGUGUGCCUUCCAUCUCCUCUUAAACUGAAUGUAUGUGCAGUAUAUAUGCAAGCUUGUGCAAAAUAAAAUAUACAUUACAAGCUCA